AUGGCGCCACCUUCACUCAGCAGCCCAACGAGCAAGGCGCCCUCAACCCACUUCAGUAUCUAUACAGAACUCGUCUCAUUCAAGAUCGAAGGGAUCUUGUUUACUGUUCCACGAGAGCCUUUUGACAGUUUGUCUCCAGGGUUUGUUAGCAGGUAUGCAGACCCAGCGAAGGGUGUAACAGGAAGUGAGGAGCAACCUAUCGUUCUCGGUGGCGUCAAGGCUGCCGAGUUUCAACUCAUCAUUUCUCUUUUGUUUUCGAGUAAUGGGUGGAUUCAAGGGGACCCUCCGCCGAUCAAAGACAUCCGCGACUGGAUAACUAUCCUGAAAUUAUCCACCAAUUGGGGAAUGACCAAGACCUUUCGCCCAACGCUCCCUACCAAGAUCCAACUCGCAAGGCAGUACCAUGUUCCCACCUGGUUUCUCGAGGGUGCCAAAACCCUCGCCGAAUCACCCGACCUGUGUGGAUUCCCACUCGAGAAACUGGCUAGCUACAUCGGGUGGGAGACGAUCGCGCGGAUAACCUCCCUCGGUAUCAGCUACAAGGCUGCGCCCGUCAGCGCACUACCCGCAUCCGGGGAGCUCUCGAUCCCAAUCGACAAGCUUCACUGCAAGAACCCGAAAUGCGCUCAUCCGUUCAGCCGAGGUACUUGCUCGAUGGACCACUCUCGUCUUCUCCCUACUCCUCCUACUUCUAUGUUUGGCGGUGCCACAAGUCCACCCGCCAAGUUUGGAAGCCCGUCGUUUGGCACUCCCGGGGGCGUGAUGCAGUUCAAACCCAACCCAUUCGCCAACCUCGAUGCUCGGGAACCCACACCAUCUGUGACGCUGGAAUGGUCCUUUGUUCACAGCCACGUCCAGAAACAAUCUACCUCUAUUCCCGUGGCAGACGUAGAAGCCGCCUUUGCCGCCGAAUUAAAGACUCUACGCAGAGCGUAA